AUUUGCUCUGGUAGUUAAUAACAUGGCGACUAUGGCAAACUAGUCAAACAAUUUGCUUGCAUUUAAAGAUUUGAAUUUGAAUUACAUAGAACGUUGACAAGGCGCUUAGUUUUGUGACAAGGAUUUAAACAGAGGAAAUGGCAAAAGCGCAACCACUUAUUGUUGCUGCGAUUGACUUCGGGACCACUUACUCUGGAUGGACAUUUUCGUUUCGGCACGACUUUGAAAAGGACCCAACAAAAGUGGAAGCCAAGAUUUGGAGAGGCGGACAACUGUCUUCUUUAAAAGGUCCAACAUGCAUACUAAUUCAGACCGAUGGCGAAACACUGGAAGCGAUCGGGUUUGAAGCUGAAAAGAAAUAUUGCGAUUUAGCUGAGAGUGAAGAGGAUAAAGAUUGGUUCUACUUCCACAGAUUUAAGAUGGAUUUAUGGGACGAAGAUGACGAACUUGUGGAAUUACACGAGAGCACAGAACUUGAGGACGUAAGAGGAAGAACGCUUCCAGCUCUUACGGUUUUUUCACUUUUUCUCGGGAGCUUGAAGGAAGACGCGAUGAGUACCUUUUACCAAAGGAUAGCUGCAGACUUCCUUGAUGAUGAAGAAAUACAUUGGAUCAUCACAAUUCCGGCAAUAUGGAUUGAUGCAGCAAAGUCUUUCAUGCGCCGUGCGGCUGAAAAGGUCUUUUUUUCAAUAAAAGACGAUAAUUUAUCAACGAUUCUCCAUUUCGCAAAUAGUUAGUAGGAAUCAAAAUUAAGAGUAAAAACGCAACCAUUAAACACCCUUGGCGAUAGCUUUAACGCUUACUGCAGUUAUUUAUUCACAAUAUGAUUACAUGUCUUAUGUAUGUGGUUUGGUUAUGUACCUAUGUAUUUGUCAAUAAAAUUUACCUGACUUGAUAAAUUGUCAAAACAUUAUUGUUUAAGAGGAUAAGAAACGUCCAGAGUCGAGACAAUUCAGAAAUAUUAUACCGAUAAGUAACCCCAUAAUGAAAUGGUAUAUACAUUCGAUCCACAUAUGUUUCCUUAAUUAAUUUUGUAUUUUUGUGCAUUCAAGCUAUUAAUGAAAAAUCGAAAUAUGCGUUUAGUCUGUGUAUGGUUGGAAUACCUUUAAUUCAUUAAAUCCGACUGGAAAUCCAAAUCCGGUUUUUUUGUCUACUAUUUUACAUCAAAAUUGUGCGUACACAACAUCUCGUAAAAUGCCCCUGUCCUUGGUAGUUUACCUGUUCGGCCCUUAUUACUGAAAUUCGUACUAUUAAUGUAAAUAGAACUUUUAAAAGAGUGUUUGGUCUAACAAAUUUCGCGACAAAGCGAGUUAUGUGGCUGUGCAAAUCUAAUUACUAGACAUCAAAAGCUUUUAGUACCAAGUUUCUAUCUGCUAUCUAAUUAGUAACCAUAAGUCCGCAACAUUAUACUAAAAAAGUAACAGUGGCCGAACGUGCGAACUGGGAGUUAUCAAGCAGAGCAAUUAUUCAGCAAACCCUAUUUAGUUUGAGGUCUGGUCCAUUUUCAUGGCAAAAAGGGGGUUAUUAGUAAUAUGUUUGCCAUGAGUUUGACUUAUUUGAUAGAUUGGCUUUAACCUGCCUCGUUUGUUUUCGCCUGAAAAAAAAAUUGAUUCUUCUCAUAUUGCAAGCCUUUACUUAUUGACAAAUGCCACCCUUGUCAUUAUUUACAAAAGCGAUUGACGAUGCUAUUAUGUUUUGGAUCACGUGCUCAACAUCAUUGCAACCAUGAUAACAUGGUAUAUUGACAUAAUAUAAUCACGAAACUGCAUUAAAAUAACAUUUUGAUUGUUUAAACUAGUUAUUUUGACAAGUAAUACACCUUUAAAUACAUUGUGAUAUUGCAGCGUACGGAUACAUUAUUGAGCUAUCUGUAUGAUCAUGUACUAGAUUAAUAGUUUUGCCGGAAAAUAGGUAUAUCAUGUAAACGGACAGUGUGAAAUGCGCAUUCAUUCUACGGUUAAGUGAAUUUUUUUUUUUUCAUUUAUAAACAUUUUUACAUAAAUGGAAAUAGAUGAUAGGGAUCAGAGUUUGAUUCCAUUAUCAAGUAUUUGCACUUUAGGGAGGCAUUUCGGGUGAUUCACUUUCGAUUGCACUUGAACCCGAAGCAGCAUCCUUGUUAUGUCGACAUUUGCCAGUAUGCAAAGACGAUCGAGGUAUCAGCAGCCUUUCUGCGUUUGAAGAAGGUCAAGUGUACUUGGUGCUUGACGCAGGAGGGGGUACGAUUGAUAUAACUGUUCACAAAGUUGGUGACUAUGGCACAUUGAAAGAAGUCUAUAAAGCUACCGGAGGAGCAUGGGGUGGAACGCAAGUUGAUGAUACGUUCAUGGAAUUGUUAGGGGACAU